UCCAUUGAUACUCUUUCUUGUCACAAAAAAACGAAAAUGUCUCUCAUUUCCACUAUUAUAAACCUCUUAUUCAUCCAUCACUUCAAUUCAACAACUCUCAGUUUCAGCAAUGAAUUCAAUUUCCUUAAUCUUCUUCUUCUUCUGCGCUUUCUUCUUUUCCGUAGCUAAUUCUUCGACGCUCGGAGUAAACUACGUUUCGCCGCUUCUCAAAAUUCAGGAACGGGAACGGGCAUCUUCUUCAGUCCAAUUAACCGCCGUCUACGGCGUUCUUAAUCGUUUAAUUCCUUCCCAUUUUUCGAGCUUUGAGUUCCACAUCAUUCUCAAGGAACAUUGUGGUGGAGAAUUUUGCUUCAACAUAAGCAACCACCCUGGCUCGGCUCGAGCUGGUUCCCCUGAAAUUCUAAUAUGUGGAACAACAGCAGUAGAUAUAUUGUCAGGUGUUCAUUGGUACUUGAAAUAUUGGUGUGGAGCACAUAUAUCAUGGAGCAAAACAGGUGGAGCACAAUUAGCUUCUGUACCUGACCCUGGCUCUCUCCCGGCUAUUCAAGAUGGAGGAGUGGUGGUAAAGAGACCUGUUCCUUGGAGCUAUUACCAGAAUGCUGUCACAUCAAGCUAUACAUUUGCUUGGUGGGAUUGGGAAAGGUGGGAAAAGGAGAUUGACUGGAUGGCUCUACAGGGAAUCAACUUGCCAUUGGCUUUCACUGGGCAAGAAGCUAUAUGGCAAAAGGUCUUCAAGAACUUCAAUAUUAGCACUUUAAAUCUGGAUGAUUUCUUUGGUGGUCCAGCAUUUCUUGCAUGGUCACGUAUGGGAAACCUACAUAAAUGGGGUGGGCCACUUCCUCAAAGUUGGUUGGAUCAGCAACUCAUUCUGCAGAAGAAAAUUCUUGGUAGAAUGUAUGAGCUUGGGAUGACACCAGUUCUUCCAGCCUUUUCUGGAAAUGUUCCGGCAGCACUGAAGCGUGUAUUUCCAUCAGCAAAGAUAAGUCGUCUGGGGAACUGGUUUACUGUGAACAGUGAUACCAGAUGGUGUUGCACAUAUCUUCUUGAUGCAACUGAUCCUUUGUUUGUUGAAAUCGGAAAAGCAUUUAUUGAGCAACAGCUAAAAGAAUAUGGAAGGAGUAGCCACAUAUAUAACUGUGAUACCUUUGAUGAGAACACACCUCCUGUUGAUGAUCCAGAGUAUAUCUCUUCAUUGGGGGCCACAAUCUUUGAAGGAAUGCAAAGUGCUGAUUCUGAUGCAGUUUGGCUUAUGCAGGGAUGGCUUUUCACUUAUGAUCCUUUCUGGAGACCUACACAGAUGAAGGCGCUUCUACAUUCUGUUCCUCUUGGCAAGUUGAUCGUUCUUGAUCUUUAUGCUGAAGUUAAACCAAUAUGGGCUACUUCAAAGCAGUUCUAUGGAAUCCCAUACAUAUGGAAAGUAACAUUGUGUAUGCUACACAAUUUUGCUGGUAAUGUUGAAAUGUAUGGAGUUCUUGACGCAGUGGGAUCAGGACCUGUUGAAGCUCGUACAAGUGAAAACUCAACCAUGGUUGGUGUUGGGAUGUCAAUGGAAGGCAUUGAACAGAACCCUGUGGUGUACGAUCUUAUGUCUGAAAUGGCUUUUCAGCAUAGCCCAGUUGAUGUCAAGGCUUGGAUAGAUCUAUACUCCAGAAGACGUUAUGGGAGAUUUGUUCAACCCAUGCAAGAUGCCUGGAAUAUUUUGUAUCAUACCAUCUAUAAUUGCACUGAUGGUGCUUAUGACAAAAAUAGAGAUGUUAUUGUUGCAUUUCCAGAUGUUGAUCCAAAAUCCAUGUCAACAUUGCAAACAGUACUAAACGAUAUCCAUGAACAAUAUGGAAAACAACAUUUAAGAAGAGCUAUUCUGGAAGAACCAAAUGAUUCCUAUGAUGAACCUCAUCUUUGGUAUUCAACUUCAAAAGUUAUACAUGCACUAAAACUUUUCCUGGAGAGUGGAAAUCAACUAUCCGACAGUAGUACUUACAGGUAUGACCUCAUAGACCUGACAAGACAAGCUUUGGCAAAGUACGCAAAUGAACUAUUCUUAGACACUAUAGAAGCAUAUAAGUUGGAUGAUCUGCAUGCUGUUGCACACCUUAGCCAAAAUUUUCUAGGCCUAGUGGAAGAUAUAGAUAUGCUUUUAGGAUGCCAUGAUGGAUUCCUUCUUGGAGCUUGGUUAGAGAGUGCAAAGAAACUUGCUCAAGAUGAAGGUCAGGAGAAACAGUUUGAAUGGAAUGCAAGAACUCAGAUUACUAUGUGGUUCGAUAACACUGAGGUGGAAGCUAGUUUGCUUCGCGACUAUGGUAACAAGUAUUGGAGUGGACUAUUACGAGAUUAUUAUGGACCUCGUGCAGCAAUUUAUUUUAAGUAUCUGAUAGAAAGUUUAGAAGAAGACAAUGACUUCAACUUGAAAGCUUGGAGGAGGGAGUGGAUCAAACUUACAAAUAGUUGGCAAAGUAGCAGAAAUGUUUUCCCAGUCAAAAGUACAGGAGAUGCCCUUAAUGUAUCACAAUGGCUUUUUGAGAAGUACUUGCAAGAUUUGGGAUCACACGAUCAUUAAGCUUCCUAAUGAAUAUUGUAAUACAAAAGUUAUCACUUUUAUUUUUUCUUUGAAAGUAUUGAAAGCUGUGGUUUAAUAAAGAAAGAAAAUAGGAGCAAUAGAAUCACUCUCUGACUCAGAACAAGAACAACUUCAUUGGGCGGAAAUGACUUUUUUUUAAUGUGUGCAUUUGAGCUCAACUAA